CAAUGGCGGACAAAUCAAACAAAGCACCGAUUUUGCUCCCAUUAUCACGAAUUAAAACCAUAAUGAAAAGUUCUCCCGAUGUUUCAAAUAUUGGCAACGAAUCUCUAAUGCUUAUAGCAAAGGCUACGGAGUUAUUUGUUCAAGAUCUGGCAUUGCUGACUAUGAAAAAUGCUGAAAACAAAAAGGACAUUGAAUACAAUGAUCUUGCAAAUAUCGUCUUCACAGAUGAAACACUACAGUUUUUACAAGAUAUCAUCCCACAGAAAAUCAAAUACAGUGAAUAUCAAGAGUUGAUGAAAAAUAUCCCGGAUGAAGACUCAAGUUAGGAUUCGUGCUGAUAAACUUUGGAUAGUGUUGUGACACUCAUUAACGGACUUUUCAAUUGCAGUAUAUGAAUUUAUUCAGGGAUAUUACAAUUUACACUAUAAAAGUAUAAAAGGACAGUGAUCUGGAUGAUCAAAAGAUCAAUUCUGCUUCGUGCAUUAAAAUAUUGGUCAAUGCAUCCUGCGUCCAGUUUGUGGUCAAAAUGAAGAUAUUCAUUUGUAUGAACAAGUGGUUUUAUAAUAAAAUAUUC